AAACACCGAUGACGCAAAUAGUGUGCGCCGGAGGAGUGUAGUGUUUGACAAGCGUCUGUUGGAGCCAGUCACAGAGAUGUCAAUAUAACUGUUGUCAUAUUUCUCCGAUGAAGAUGAUCAAAAAUCCGUUUCACCCUUCUAUGAUUUUUCUUUCGUCUGACAUCAGUGCUCACCUUUAACAUACGCAAGGGAAAACAGAUAUAAAACAGAGUGAACACAGAUGAUUGUGCAGAGUCAUAUCAUAAUGAUCAAUAAUUCAUGAAAAAACCAGGUGGAUGAGAAAGGUGGAUUGUUUAGCCUUUGAAUACAAGGAUUUUCGAUUAAAAUAAGUCGAUGUCGAGAACAAGCGUUGCUUUGGAGGACGAGGAGGACGAGGAGAAGCAGAGAUGCCCUGCUGGUGCCAGUCCACCCCACUUCACCUGCCACGACACCCCACACUCCUUACCCGAGAGACUGAAUUUGGAACCAUCCCUCAGCGCUAUGGAGACAAGCCCCUCCCCUUCUAGCAAUGGAACCAACCUCCUGUCGUUGCCAUGGGAGAUAGUUACCCAGAUAGCCUCACAUCUCCCUGCACAGUGUGUCAUUAACGUGCUGCCGCAGGUAUGUCAGACGUUGGGAAGGCUUGGCGAGGAUCGCUUGGCAUGGCAGCUUCGCGCUCAAAAACUCGCGGGUCCUGCAGCAUCUUUCCCAGUCGGGCCAAAGGAGGAUUUUGAUUGGUCCAAGGCAUGCUUGGAAAUGGAGCAGCUGAUUGGCUGCUGGGCAGGGCAUGAGAAUCAGGCAGAGAGACAGGAAGAGGCAGCUGGUGGGGUGAACAGUGAGAACUUGGUGGAGAUGCAGCUGGAUGUUGAUUUAAACGGUGCAGCAGGAGCAGGAGAAGAGAACGUGCAAGUUCAGUCCCAGAAUGUCUCUGAUAGUCCCCAUCUGAUUGAGUCAUCCAGCACUUCUUCACCCUUGGAGCAUAUCAUCCUUCCUUCUGGCCACAUUGCAGAUGUGAAUUGUGUCCUCCUGCUGGGUGGAGAAGAGGCGGUGUGUGCCUCCGGCUCUAGGGACAGAAACGUGAACCUGUGGGACCUUCGAGAGGGUCCCAGAGGCAAGCUGAUGCACACUCUAGCGGGACGCGGGACCAUUAGUACCCACCGGGGCUGGGUGUGGUGCCUGGCAUCAAGCGGGCCUCUGCUGGUGUCUGGUUCGUUUGACAGCACCAUCAGGCUCUGGGACCUUGAAGCUGGAGGAGCAGAACGGGGACUCAUCCAGUGCAAAGCUGCUGUAUUAUGUCUGUCCUGCGAGAGGGACACAGUGCUGGCCGGGUCACAUGAUCAGAAAUUAAGCAUCUUUGACACCCGAGCUGCUGAUCCAUUGGUCAAGAGUCUUCGUCUUCACAGUGAUGCUGUGCUGUGCCUGGUGUCUGAUGACCAGUACAUCUUAUCAGGCAGUAAAGACCAAACUGUCGCUCUGUUCGACCGUAGGGCAGGAAAACUCCUGCAGAAAGUUCAGCUGAGGUCGUACCUACUGUCUCUGUCCUGCAGCGGUCAAGAGGUGUGGGCCGGGGAUAACCGUGGACUCGUGCACACCUUCUCCCUGCACAACAGCUCCCUGACACCCGUAUCCCAGUUUAACGUCCACAGGUCACUGGUCACCGGCGUUCACUGCUCUCCUGGUGCUCUCUACACGUGCUCCUCUGACCGCACUAUCAAGGUCCACCUUCCAUGCGCUCCACCCAAGACACUGUGCACCCUUCACCAUCAGGCAGGAGUUAAUGGGUUAAGUGUUGAAGGAGGAAUGCUGGCCAUCGCUUCCGGUGACAUGAAUGUGGAGGUUUGGAGGCCCAGAUGCUGAGAGUCUUAAAGCAUCUGAUAGCAGGGAACAACACGAACCAAUCAGUUCCUCAACUCUGUGUUUCCAGGAAUUUAUCAAUGCAUUAUGCUUUAAUUUGUUUAAUUUUAAUGGAAAAAAAGAUGAAAAUGAAUGUUUUAGGUGUCUGAUACAUGUUUCUAGUGAGUCUAGAAACAAAAAUAUGACAUUCCUAGUUUUCUGUCAUUCUUCAUGAAGGGGUCGCACUAUGAUUGCACAGGCAGAGUGCAAAACAUUUCAGUGCCUCGUAACACAAGAACACCUUUUGUGAUCAUUUCUUGAACAUUUCAACAAAAUUGAUGCAAAUAAUAUACUUAGAUUGAAAAUGCAGUGAAUUCUGAAGCACGUGCAGUAUAAUAUAGUAAUGCACAGACAAGAAUCAAAAAAUAUCUGUUUUCAGUAUUUAGCUCUCUACAUAGUAAACUAACUAGGAAAUCAGUUAUUAAAAAGGUGUGAUUUAAGUUUUAUUUGUUUUUGUAUACUUGUCAGUGUACUUACACAAGUAUACAGUUUACAAAUGAGGCACAAUGCUUUAAAAUGUAUGCACUUCACAACCAGAGCAAACUACUAAAUAUAAAUCCUAAAUGUAAAGCGUUUAUAUUUAUUAAUUAUUUAUAGUUAUUGUUUUGUUCUGUGACUGACUGUCUUUGAUUUUUAAAAAGCUUUAUAAAUGUACAAUUUGAUAAUUCA